AUGAAGGGCCCUAUCUACGCGUUCCUGGCCUGUUUCAGUAUUCACUACCAGGAGGUGACCUUCAAGCGAAUUGACCGCAUCAGCCAGUCCUACUCUGCCGUUAUCUACGCCAUGCAGCUGGUCGCCAUCAACCACCAUUGGACCCCAUGGAUCCGGAGGAUCCUUGAAGCGAAAGAGGAUGGGCAGGACCAAGCGCUGGCUAAUGCGGCCCCAUUUCAUGCUGUCUUCGGCCCCUGGCUGCAGACCUACUUCAAGCACCAGUCUCCUUACCCCCUUGGAGAUCUUCUGUCCUUCAGAGCCUAUGCUCUCUACUACAACACGAUCUCCAGCGUGCAAGGCAACCAGGUGAUUGAACAAGCACCCCACCACCUAAGAUUCCACCAUCUUAGUGUCAGCCGUCUGCAGCUCCAGGAAUUUUUCCAGAAGUCUACCUUGGACCUGGCACACUCCCUAGUAGGCUCGCUGCUGAUCUGGGAGGAUGCCCAGCUUUUCAACCAGAUCCAGCUGGGGGAGGCAGCUCGAUUUGAGGAUUUUGCCAUGGAGGGGAAUGGAUUCAAUUUCCUAACAUUGAAUGAGGACUACCAACACCACUACCAGCCCUAUCUCGUGAAAAAAAUCCUGGAUGACCCUACAUGA